UACAUACACCACUUGAAAGAAAAAGAAAAGGAAAGGAAAAAAGAGCCCUAUCCUUUUCUCUCUUUCUUUUUAAAUUACACUCUUUUCUCUUCAUAUACAUUAUAUAUAAUCAAGAUUAUAAAUUCAGAACAAUAAACAAAAGAGACCCUUUUAUUUUUCUUGUUUCAGAUUGUAACGUACAAUCUUUAAACAACUUGCCUUCACAGAAACAUGUUCAUUUUUUAAAGACUUUUUUUUACAUUUCUUUCUAAUUGUGGUUCAUUUGUACUCUGUAUAUAGCCACAGUAUAAGGCCGUUUCUUAUUGUCUGUUAGAAGUUUCCAUUUUAUUGGUUAUUGCUGUUACAUAUAGAAACAAAGAAAGCUUCUUCGAACCAUCUUUUUUGUAUAUAUAUAUAUUAUUCCCUUUCUACAUGUUUCUGUUGAAUCUUUGAAGCUGGUAUUGUCUAGUCUUUCCUUUUUUUCAAUGAGAAACUUGUAUGUUCUUGUUGUGUCUGUUCUGUUGUUGGUCUCUCUGCUUGUUCAUGGACAGAUAGCUGUAGCUUCAAGAAUCCAGGGCGGAUCAGAGGAUUGGGGUUAUGUUGAAGUCAGACCCAAAGCACAUAUGUUUUGGUGGCUGUAUAGAAGUCCUUAUAGAGUUGAAAAUCCCUCAAAGCCAUGGCCGAUCAUUCUUUGGUUGCAGGGUGGACCUGGAGCAUCAGGUGUUGGUUUAGGAAAUUUUGAAGAGAUUGGGCCACUUGAUGUUAAUCUGAAGCCAAGAAACUCAACAUGGCUAAGAAUGGCUGAUCUCUUAUUUGUGGAUAAUCCAGUUGGUACAGGAUUCAGUUAUGUAGAUGAUCCAAAUUUAUUUGUGAAAACUGAUGAAGAGGCAGCAACUGAUUUAACUACAUUGUUAGAAGAAAUAUUUAACAGAAAUUCAAGCCUGCAAAAAAGUCCUUUGUAUAUAGUAGCAGAGUCUUAUGGUGGCAAAUUUGCAGUAACUCUUGGAUUAUCAGCUCUUAAAGCUAUUGGAGCAGGGAAGUUGAAGCUUAAACUUGGAGGAGUUGUAUUGGGUGAUACUUGGAUCUCCCCAGAAGAUUUUGUGCUUUCUUGGGGUCCUCUUCUCAAAGAUGUCUCAAGAAUAGACAAAAAUGGUCUAGAAAAAGCAAACAGUCUAGCAGAGAAGAUUAAGCAGCAAAUCAGCGACGGCCAGUAUGUUGAUGCAACAAAUUCAUGGGCUGAUCUUGAGGGAGUAAUAAGCACUAGCAGCAACUCAGUGGAUUUUUAUAAUUUUCUUUUAGAUUCUGGAAUGGACCCAGUAUCUUUAACAGCAGCAGAAUUGUCACAAGGAAUAGCAAUGAAGAGAUACAUGAGAUACCUCAGUUCCUUGAAGUCAUCUCCAGGUGCUAAUGAUGGAGAUAUUGAUAGUUUAAUGAAUGGUGCCAUUAAAGAAAAGCUCAAGAUAAUCCCUGCUAAUGUCUCAUGGGGAGGACAGUCAGAUUCUGUCUUCAGCAGUCUUGAAGGUGAUUUCAUGAGACCAAGGAUUAAUGAGGUGGAUGAGCUUCUAGCUAAAGGAGUCAAUGUGACUGUAUACAAUGGGCAACUUGAUGUCAUUUGUGCAACCAAGGGGACUGAAGCAUGGGUUGGAAAACUAAAGUGGGAAGGGCUUCCUAAUUUCUUGAACCUGGAGAGAACACCUCUGUACUGUGGUGCUGAUAGUCUGACAAGAGGAUUCACCAAGUCAUACAAAAACCUACAUUUUUAUUGGAUACUUAAAGCUGGCCAUUUUGUACCAGUAGACCAACCCUGCAUAGCAUUAAACAUGGUGGGGGCAAUCACACAGUCACCAGCAGCAGCAGCAGCUUCUCCUGCAUAGGAAAAAGGGUUAGAGGGGAGAGUUGAUUUUACAAAAUAAUAAGCAAAACAUGAAACAAAGAAAAGGGUCGGUGGGAGACACAAAGCUAAGCUGAAUCAAGAAGCAAAAUUAGUAGAGAUGGAGAAAUAGAGAAGCCAAAGGAUAAGAGUACUGCUGCUGCCUCAAGAGCUUGGCACUUAAUUUAUUGUGAUACAGGAAAUUAAAUUUUCUUUCAAUUAGUAUAUAUAUAUAUAUAUAUAUAUAUAUUUUACAAAAAGAAUUUUAUGAAAGACUAUUUUUAUUUGAUUUAUUUAGAAGUGAUUUAACCA